GCCGCCACCGGGGUAGCAGUGAUGCGCCCGUGACGUGACAGAGUGACGCUCGUGACGUGCAGGGUGACGAUGAUUGACCGGCGCGCGCUGUGAUUGACCUGUGAUGGAGUGAGGAACAGAGCUGCGCGUCAUGACGCAGAACACGAGUCCGCCGCGGCGGAAAAUAUCGCCGCGGAUCCGCGACCUGCAGACGCGGCUGCUGAAAGUGAUUCCUCCGCCGGGCGCGGAGGAGGACCAGCGCCGUGGCGAGCACCAGCGCUGGGCGGUGACCCAGCGCGGUCAGCAGCGGGCCGAUCAUCCUAGCUCGCUGACCGGCCGACAGCUGGUGGACUCUGACCAGUCCGAUGGUCCCCCACCGCCGCAGGGCCGGCCGCGCGCCCGCCUGGAGCGCUCCAAAAUCAUCACCAAACACUGGGAGCGGCCCGAUCUGUUCGUGCGCCACGAGGAGCCGCGCCGAUCGCGACGGACAGUGCCCGCUGACGAUGUGAGCGAUAUGGACGAGCUGGAGCGCGCGGACGGGGCGCAGCGCUGGGUGCGGAACUUUGACCAUGUGCCGGACGGGACGCCGCACGGGGCCCCGGACAUGUACUCUCGAUCGUGGGACCCGAGUCGGGACCGGCGGCACGCGACAUGGGACCCGGCGAGGGCGAGUCGCUCGCGGACUUACGACCCUGCUGCCCUGGAGCGAACGCACCAGUCGCGCGAGAGGCUAUCGUAUCGUGUAAGGUCCCGAGACCCGACUCCGGAGGGUCGCCAGCCUCCACGGGAGCCGCGGGACAGCUCCCGACACCGUCGGCACCGUGACCCGACCCCGGACAGGUCACAGAGACCCUCAGAUGACCCCCGCCGUGUGUCGGACCGGUCACGACACAGGAGUGGGGACGGGGGGAGAGACAGGGACCGGGACCGGGGCAGAGAUGUGAGUCGGGAGUGGAACAGGGACUGGAGCUGGGACAGGAGUCGGGACAGGAGCCGGCAGCGCGCGCAGAGUGGGGACAGAGUCAGAGCACACAGUGGGGACCGACUGCUGGACGAGCGGGGGUCGCGCGGCCGGCGGCGCACGCCAGCGGAACCCCCGCAGCGGCGCAGCAAGAGUGUGGUGCGGUUCGACGAGGGGACGCGGGACUCGGAGCGUCGGCACCGCAGCCGUUCGACGGAACAGGUGACCGGCGCUCCGCGGCGCGGCAGCGCGCUCCGAAAGAGCACCGGCGCCGGCCGCGGCGCGCGCGUCUCGUUCGUCGAGCUCGGCGACGGCACGGUGCUCAAUGGCGACUGGGAGAGCAGCGACGAGGCCGAGAGCACGCCCACCGUGGCGCCCGACCUGUUCGACCGCUUCUUCUUCCCAAGUGACGGCUACUUGGACGACUACUUCCGUCAGUCGGCGGCCGGGCCGCUGUCGCUGCCGGAGGGGCGCCGCGAGCGACCGAGGCCCUCCGGCCCCGCCCGACCCGGCUCGGCCGCCGCCGGCAGACCUGGCGAGCCGCCGGGCGGCCGUCGGUACCGGCGACACCGCACUCCCGACCGCAACAACAACAACCGGUACCGGGCCAAGAGCGAGGCGCGUCUGACGGCCGUGUCGGUGUCGGCGGCGGGCGGCGCGCGGCCGUCGGCGCCCCGGCAGCCGCCGCGGGGCCGGCUGCCCGACGGUCAGACCGACUAUCGGCGCAGCUGGGACGCCAUCGGACACCGGACGGCGGCGGCGCCGGCCGGCCGCCGCACCCGCGUCCAGUUCGGGGAGGUGCCUCUGACGCACGACCUGGACCAGGUCAACUGCAACCCGGCCGGCGUGCUGGACGAGCUGUACGAGGAGCUGGAGCGCUUCUCUCGCCAGCCGUCGGCACGCUCCUCCAGCCGGCGCGCCUACGCCAGCCUCGAUGUGGGCUCGAUGGGCGUAGACCUCGGCUCCGGACCUGUUAUCGCCAGUGAUUUCGACGAGAACGUAGUCAACAACAACAUGGGCCGGCGCACGGGCGGCGGUGACGGCGCCGCCGACACGCUGACCGGAGACACGGUGCCGCCCGACCUGAUCGGAAGUCUGGACGACAACCGGCGCCUCGAGACGGACACGUCGCCGAAGCAGAUGUACCACUCGGACAUCCCUCACUUCACCGGAGAGCUGACCGAUGACCUGUACGCCCUGCCGGUGAAGAAGUCGACCGUGGACGGUCCGGCCGAGCCCGCCGCCGCCGGCGACCAGCCCACCCUGCCCUCCGGCUGGGAGAGACACGAAGAUAACGACGGACCUUACUAUUGGCACAUCAAGAGCGGAACGAUUCAGCGCGAGCCACCACCCUCGCCACCCGAAGACGCCAAGCCGCAGCCCGUCAAAGACAGCGAAUCGAGCUCUGGAAUCUCGAGCGGCAGCGCCGGCUCCGGUGUGACCCGCAGCAGCACCAGCUCGGCGCUGGCUGACCUGGACCGGCGGCACGUCGAGUACGCCGACAAGAGGAAGAGUUUCCCGGCCCGCUCGGACCUGGAGGCGGCCGCCGACUCGCGCCGCGUGCGAUUCGCCGUCCGCUCGCUGGGCUGGGUGGAGAUCGCCGAGCCGGACCUGACGCCCGACCGCAGCAGCAAGGCCGUCAACAAGUGCAUCGUCGACCUCUCGCUCGGAAGGAACGACGUCGUUUCCGACUCGGUCGGCCGCUGGGGAGACGGCAAGGACCUGUUCAUGGACCUGGACGAGGGCUCUCUGAAGCUGCUGGAUCCGGAGAGUCUGACGCUGCUGAAUACCCAGCCGAUCCACACCAUCCGAGUGUGGGGCGUCGGACGCGACAACGGAAAAGAAAGGGAUUUUGCGUACGUGGCGCGCGACCGUGUCACGCGCAAGCACAUGUGUCACGUGUUCCGCUGUGACACGCCGGCCCGAGUCAUCUCCAACACACUGCGGGACAUCUGCAAGAAGAUAAUGAUCGAGCGCAGCCUGGCACAGGGCGCUGGCCGCCUCUCUGAACCGGGCCUGGGAGGACCGGCGGCGCGGCUGCCGCGACCCACCUCCCUGGCGGUGGACCAGCGGAGAGCCCUGAAGGCACCGCAGCCGCCUCUGACCCUGGGCAGCCAGAGUUUCCCGACGCCGAUGGAGGAGCCGAAGCGGACUCUGCAGGCGCUCUACAUGGGCUGCACGCCGGUGCCCAAGCCGAGCGGGAUCGACGUGCUGAACCAGGCGCUGACCAAGCUGUGCGGCCAGUCGUCGCCGGCCGAGUGGCGCUCCGUCAGCGUGUCCGUGGCGCCGUCCACCGUCACCGUCAACGACGCUGAGACGGAGGAGCAGCUGGUCGAGUGUCGCGUGCGCUUCCUCUCGUUCCUCGGUAUCGGCAAGGACGUCCAGCAGUGUGGCAUCAUCGUGCACACCUCGCAGGACGUGUUCAUCGCGCACGGCUUCAGCUGCUCCACCUCGGCCGGGCCACUCUGCAAGACCAUCGAGGCCGCCUGCAAGCUGCGCUACCAGAAGUGUCUGGACGCGCUGCCGGGCGGCGGCGCCGGCCGCGGCGCGCCCGCCCAGUCGCGCACCUUCGGCCAGACGCUCAAGUCGGUGAUCGGCUCGUUAGCCGGACGGCGCCUGCGAAGUAUGGACUCCUGAGAUACGGCCUCACCUCCGCAGUACGAGCUGGCCGCUGCUGUGGAGUGUGAGGUGAUCCCGCACAGACACCUGGUCAGCAGGAGAGCCGCCGGCGACGACCCGGUCAGCCAGCAGCUGGCGGCGCUGGUGUCGCCCGACCUGGCGCCGGCCGCCGCGCUGCCGCUGCCGGCGCACACGGUCAGCGCGGCCAGCACGCCGCUGGCCGGGCCCGGCGACUGGCCGCCGCCGCAGUACAGCUGGUGCCGACCGGCCGGGCCCGCCGCCGCCGUCACCAGUCCCGAGGCGGCGCUGCGCCGGCUCCAGCUCGGCUGAGCGAGCCGCGCACAGCGGCAGGGCGGGCGGGCCGCCGCGCCCGUGUAGGGAGACUGGAGGACGACCGUCACGUGUGUCCGACCGUGUGUGUGUGUGUGACUGUGUGGGACGCGUGCGCCGAGCCGGUGUGUGUGAGAGAUCAGCGUGACCAGUGCCAUGGACGGGAGCGGGAGCGGCCUCGGAGCGAGUCGGAUCCGUGUGACAUAUCUGUGCCGCUUUGUGGGGCCGUCGGCCCAGCAGCCGCCGCGGCCCGCCGCCCCAAGUAUACUGUACAUACCGGACCGGCCCGAUAUUUACGUGUCAGAGUGUGCGUGGAGAUGGGUGUUCCACAUUCCGCGCCCGCGCGCGCGCUGUGUCAGUGUCGCGCCAGGGGCGGGCCGGGCCGCCGGCGCCGCUGCCCGCGGCAGCUACCCCCCCCCCCUUCCCGCCCUCACCCUCGCCAGUUCCGUUUCAUCGUCAGUGCGCGCCGCUGAGCUAGCAGCUAGGCGCGCGCUGCCGAGAGCUCGGCGGGCGCCGCGCCGCCUCUCGGUGGUGCUACAUUCCGUCGGCGGACCGACGGACGGACGCCGUCGCCGUCAGGCAGACAGGCAGCUCUUUACGGCUUCUAGAGAAUGCACUAUACACUAGCUUUAAUCAUGUAACAGAGUCAAUAAAAUACCGUUAUGUUAAA